UUCGAAGCGUUGCCGUGUUUGGAUCGUUGGUUCUCGCGCCGUGCGUGGAGGAAGUCUCGUCUAGUGCUCCAAGGAGUAGAGGAGAAUCUGCCUCCCCCGUUAUCGUCGCGUCCCAUGUGUUUUGCCGCUACCGUUUCGUCUCUAGGUUUUUUCUUCUGAUUCGCGCGAGGUAGUUGUCUUCAUUGAAGGUCUGUUUUGAUAACUGUUUGCAAACCGUGACGGAACAACCCAAACACUAGCGAAGCGUCGUUAAAGCUUGCACAUGGUCACAGUAGUAGUGGAAGUAGUAAAUCACAACCUGCAAGACUUCCAUUGGACAGUGAAAUCGGCGACUUAAUGGCGAACAGCAGAAGCUGAUAAGGACAACGACGACAUAAACACAGGAAGAGCAAAACUUCAGAGGAAGCAAUUAUCGCAUGGUGGAUCAGCGAACGUGAAGGAACAACGGAAGCUGUCCAACGAAACGGAUCUGGUCCAGCGAAAAGGGUCCUCGUGCACGAACAUUUUUAGACUGAAGGAAGAAAAAGCGCAGUGAAGCCACCUCAGCACACAACAGCAGCAGCUCCAGUUUCGGUCUCGGAACGAAAUCAAAUAGAAGAAGCGAAACUUUCUGCCAUCAGUCGAGUGGAGUACUUUGCCAAGAACUCCUACUACCUACCUGCGGUAUAUGCCAAGGACUGUCUCAAAAUUCAAACGGGUGGGAAAAGUUUCGCAGCACAAAUCUGACUGGACUACCUGUGGGUGUUCGGUGCAUCAAGGGCUAGCGUUAGAAGCUAAGUCGACAACGGCAGCGAAAAAAAGUGCUACCACCACAUGGAUGUGCCAUACAUUCAAUAUUGAACCAAACGUCUAAAGCUCUCGAGCACGUGCAAUCACUCAGUGAGCUUAUUAUCCCACAUCCAAAGACCAAUCCAAACUCCGGUCACACGUGGUUCUAUAAAAACGACCAAACAAGCAGAAAAUCGCCCGUUCACAGUACCGUACCGAACCCUCGCUUCUCGAAGGAAAGUGAAAAUCCUCACCCACACUGCCACUGAUUGUGCAACACGAGGGGACGACGGAUCCAAAUGGAGAAGCAAUAAACACCACGGAAGGUAAAUCGGAAGCAUACCUGCAACCACCAGCAGCGGCAGAUGGUGCUCGGCAAAUCGCCCGGAGAAACAGAAACCGCAAACGGAAGGAGCAGCGACGAUAAAAAUAAAAGGAAACACGUCGUCGGGCGCCGGAAAAAAGUAAACGCAUUUGUUUAAGUGGGGAGUUUUCAGUAUCAAUUUGUUUCGGGAGUGCUACAACACAGAUUUACAGUGGUGGUGGCAACCGAUCAAAAAAAUAGAAACGAAUAGCGAGCACCUAAGCACACAGUCAACAUCAUCAAUUCGAUCCAUCCAUCCUCAUCUUGGCCCCAGCGGGAGUUAGAGUGUGUAGUGCAAUAGGUAGGACGCGUCGAAGCUGCGACAGAAUGUCGUCCCGAUCGAAAGAUAAAGUAACGGCAGCGAUUAGGAAAUUUUUCAAAUCCCCCGACAAGAAGGAGAAAAACCAACAGAAAGACAAUGGUGCUUGUGGGGGUGGUGGCGGCCUGGCUGAUGCGCAGGGUGUCGUCAAUGGGUCAGGGGCGGGGUCAGGUGCCGAAGGUCCUCACCAUCCGAUGCUGCAUCCUCUCCCGGUGACGUUGGCAGUGGCGGGAGCGAUAGUUCCCAGCGGUAGCAGCAGUAGUAGUAACAAUAGCAGCAGUAAAGGCAGCACAGAUAGUCCCCUUCGAAGGCUACGAUGCGCCGUUGCUCCUAGUAAUAAUAGCUUAGUAAACGUUUCCGUACCAAAGCCUUUGGAUACCACAAUCCGAUCCAGACGACUGAUGAAAGAACUCAAGGAAAUCGAACGGAUACAGCACUCUCGAUCCGAUCCCUACUUUACCGUCGAACUCGUAAACGAUAACCUGUACGAAUGGCAUGCCCGUCUCUACCGGGUGGAUCCCGAUUCACCACUGGCGGAGGACCUCACCGAGCUGAACAUUUCCUUCAUCCUGCUGCAUCUGGUGUUUCCGGAUAAUUUUCCCUUUGCCCCGCCGUUCAUGCGAGUCGUGGAACCACGCAUCGAGAAAGGCUUCGUCAUGGAGGGUGGCGCCAUCUGUAUGGAGCUGCUCACGCCACGUGGUUGGGCCAGUGCCUACACGGUGGAAGCGGUCCUAAUGCAGUUCGCUGCUAGCUUAGUCAAGGGGCAGGGCCGAGUCUCGAGGAAACCAAAAUCCAAGGAGUUUAGCAGGAGAACGGCUGAGGAGGCUUUCCGGUCACUAGUCAAAACGCACGAAAAGUACGGCUGGGUGACGCCCGCCAUGAACGAUGGUUAAACAAGCCUGCUCAAAGCGAGGAAACGAGAAUAGCUCAAUCGAUUGAAUCAACUCAAUAAAACUGGAACAAACAAUACAAAUUCCAUUGCCUGCAGUGCUGUGGCAAUUGAAGUUAGAUCUUUAAGUACUCGGAACUCGCCAUUUUCGAAAAAUAAUGACUGCGUAUUGGAAAGUGCGUAUCCAACUCGUUACGGGGAUUAUUUUUUAUCUAUAUUUUGAAUUUUUUGGAAGCUAUAACAAAUUUUACAUUAUAAGCCAGAAGAAUAUAUCAAUCCCUUGAUAAAGAAUAGAAACGAAUGAUCUCGUCCUAACGUUCCGACCUUGUAUUAAUGAAAGCUUACCUGUCGUCAGUCGCCACAAAUGAAAUUGAAAAAUUCCCACGAGAUUAAACGAAUAAAAUCGCACGGCUAUAUUCUAGGUAAGAUGGAAUGGAUUUUUGAAAGAGUCUCUCAAAUUGCUAGCCUCCCGAAUUAGAACACAGUUCUUAGCUAUUUUUUCUUCGUAAAUCAAACAUUUAUUACUAGCAUAGUGUCCAACACCAUGAGUCAUCAUUAUAUGCAACAUUUAAUGUAGUCUUAUCUAGAGACAUACUUUUCAUCCCAUCCUAUACGGCAAGAUAUUGAUGAGCAAAACUGUUAUAUUGAUCUAACGGCAGAAGUAAUGUGCGAAAUAUUAUGUAAAAUAUAAAGUAUAGACAAUUGUACGUGUUAUUUAGUGACGAAUGAAUCAAAAAACAGAACGCAGAAUUAUUCUAAUACUUGUUUUGGCCGUCAGGAAAUUUAAAAAAAGAAAACAAAAGAAAUGUACUUGAACUUAGUGUAGAAUAAUAAAUGAUUAACUCAAAGUCAACAACGUAAAA